GAUACCGUUCGACUUUUGUGUUUCAUCAGUUGCUGUGUGCUUGCUCUAAUACACACACGCACACGCGCACACACACACAUGUGUAUAUAUGUACCAAAGAGGUCUCUGUAUGUAUGUGUGUAUAUAUAAAUACAUAUGUGUAGAUGAAUCAGAGACAAUUAUCGAGUCUCCGAUUGAGUAUGCUGAAUUAGCACGAUUGUUGCAAGAAACGGCGAUGGAAACUGUGUUUUGUAAACAGCAUAAUCCACAAUUUGUACAGUCCGGUAAAUCUUUGAGCGCUGUCUUCUUCGAUCUUGACAAUACUCUCGUGGAGACAAGAAAGGCAGACGGUCAAACCUGCCGCAAGAACAGAAUUUCCAAUGCAGACUGGUACAUGGGCGAAUUUUUGGAGCCCUUGAAUCAUUAAGAAGUCGGAAUUCCCGAUACGACGCUUGCAAGAGUUUACUAAACUUAACAACGGAGCGAAUUACUCAUGUUCCACAGCUUGUAGUCGCGUCGUAUGUACACACAUUCGCUGGUUAUUUUUGACCAUUUGGGAGUGUAUCAAAGAGCAAGGCUAGACAGCGAGAGAACUGUUCUCUGGGAGGCUUGUCAGUUGACUGCCAACUAUGCUAAUGGUAAGCAGUGGCAUAGCUGGUGACACCCGUUAAAGCAUACAAUUUGAUAACGUUUAUAUAUUAAUGACACGUUAAAUUAGAAUACUAAUAUAAAACACUAAGAGAUUACAUUGUCAGUGUAUAGUUUCAAAAGAGAUAGCUUGUCUUUUCAUUCUUUUCUCAUUUCUGUUUCACUGGAAUAAUUGAGCAUCAUGAGUGUACCAGAGGAUAUUGCAAAAUGUGUGGCCAUAUUAAAAGCAGUAGAUACAGACUCAGAAAAAUUUGCUGCAUUGUUUAUGGUUACCAAACUUGUGGAUAGCAAAGACUGUACUCCAGCUGGAAAGACCAUGCUUUUUGAAGCAAUAGGAGCUAAAUUUCUCAGGAAGUUGCUAUCUACAAAAAGUGUGCCUGUAGAUUGUCCUCCACAAGUAUAUAAAUCAGUGGCGUUAUCCAUCCUCUCCGCAUUCUGCAAAGAACCCGAGCUUGCCUGUCAUUCAGAUAUGAUAGGUCACAUUCCAGCUCUUCUGGAAAUAGUGUCACAGGCUGAUGAAGAUGCACCAGACGACAUGCUGAUUAUUGUUAGUGAGGCGUAUACUUGUUUGCAAUGUAUCGCGCAGCAUUCUCCUGGACAGAAAGCAUUGCUCGAACAAAAAGCGAUUCCAAAAAUGUGUGACAUAUACGCAGAGAAGAGCUUUCAAACAGAUGAAGCUCUGAACAUCCUGGUCACAUUGGUUAGUAGAUUCGGACCAGAAGCUUGGGAUCCAACAGACACUGCUCCUUUUCAUGCAAUAAUUAAUAAGAUAGCCUUGGAUUUUGAAACGGAUCACACAGAAAGAAAAUUCGAGCUCUGUGCUAUUUUACAAGCUCUUUUGCACUCUUGCAGGAAAGAAGUAAUUGCCGUGAACGCAAAGGAAGAAUCUUGGCCACUGAGUAUUCAUAAAGGUUUGAAUGAUAUUCUGAAAUCAAAAAUAAGCAAGAAGCAGCGUGAUCCAGCCUUGAAACUCGUGUCUGUAAUGAUGGAUUUGCUGGGAGCAGAAUGGGCCAUGUCUGAUAAGGAAUCACCAAAGAUAUUCUUCCUGUUGCUCAUUCAGUUAGCGUCAAUUGAAGUGAGAAUGCAGUUGGAGGACAAGCAGCUCAAGACUGUGCUUGUAAACGCCGACUUAGUCACGGCUUGUUUUAUCAUUCUUGAGGUUUCAAUUGGUUAUAUCAUUACAGAUCAACUUGACUUGGAACAAAAGGAAAAGCAGUCUCUCUAUACGGCUUUGAAAGGCGCCUUCGCGGCUGUUAUCGGUUUGUUGAGUUCUGUGUCGAAAAUGAAAGCGUUAACGAAUAGAGAAGAAAAAAUCUUUAUAUGCGCCGUUGUAAGAGUGCUGUGUGUCUGGCUGGCUCAAGAAACGAACACUAUGCAAGCUCAAGUUUAUACCGUUUUGCCGUAUGUGCUGACAGUGGCUAACGAUACGUUUUAUGCCCAUCGAAACAGGAAGUUGGCUGAAAAAGCUAAGUUUAAAGCUAAAGGAGAUGAAGGGACGUCAUCCGGAGACCCAGUUGUUCACGAUCCGUUAAGUGAAGUCGAUAUACUGAGGUUACUGUUGCCCGCUUUGUGUUAUUUGGCUGUGGAAGAAGCUGGUAGAAAAAUCUUACUUCAACAUAAACAGGACGAAGUCUUAUUUGAAUGUCUGUCUUACCAUUGGACCAUCGUGCACUACAAGAGACCACCGGUACCGAGAUCGGAACGACUGAAAGUCCUGCAAGACGGCAAUCACACGGAAGAACUAGAUACGCGUCUUCUGGAAGAGAUGAAAGAUUCCAGAACUGCUAUGGUAUCCAUCUGUAACGUUUUCAUGAACAUCACCGUGUUAGAGGCGAAGCUAGUAGAAGAAUCGCCAACGUUUGUCUCACUGCUCAAGUUCAUUUAUAACAACUUACCGGAACUGAAGCAGAUUCCGGAGAAUCUGGUUUUGCACGGUCAUUUAGCGGUCCUGGGAUUACUACUGAUGAAGCAGCAAGCGAAACGCAUAAAAAAGAACGAUUUCUCAAUAUGUUGUUACAUUCAGGCUACUAUAAGAUUUUUGUGGGACGCGUACAUUAUCGACGAGAGUAACGAUCCGACCGAGCUUGUAGUUUCCAUGUCUUAUAAAGAACACUGGAUGGAGUUAAUGGAACUCUGGUUUUUGGGUAUGCAGACAAUGACCGGUAUACUGCAAGUGAUACCUUGGCUGUCGCAAUUUACAAUAGAAUCCGGCUGGGCAGAGGAGAUUAUUGAGACGCUGAAGCGAGUAAAGAUCGGCGGUCUGGAACCAAACGUCAAGUCUGCCUUUGAAGAUUUGCUGUGCCACUUGGUGAAAGCCGACGACAGUGUUGCAACGGUGCUGAAAAAAUGCGGCGCGUUAACUGUUUGUCGGAAUCAUCGUAUGAUGGAACUUGGAAAGAGUCUUUUUGGAGAUUAAAAUUGAACAUUCGGGAGUAUUACUGCGUAUCUUUUCCUCAACUUUUCUUAUUACGCGCGCGAACAAUGUAAAAGAAAUAAAUUAUGUAAAAUUUCUUAUAGAAAUUUGUAUAGAAAAAAUUAAUUAUACUUGAGAUCAGUGAUUUUAAUUAAAUCACUUUUUUGUAAAAUGAUAGUUUUUAGCUCUAGCAAACUAGCUUUUAGCUGUAGUAUUUUGCGAAUUGAAUUGAUCAUUACGUGUUCUCUACGUUUGAUAUUUGAAAUGCUUGUAUGCGCGCGUGCUCCAGUGUAAAUUUAGACAGCAUCACUUCUGGAAAUAGCUUUCUGGCAGGCAAAAAGCUAAAAAGUGUUACUUGCGGAAAUACUAUGUAAAUCAUAAAGAUGAAUAUUAAAUGUUUUUAAAAUAAAGCUUUGUAAAUACAUUUUAUAAAUACACUGUGUUUAUUAAAUGUAAAUAAGUACAGUGGAGACUCUCGUAUCCGAACUAAUAGGGAGACAAAAGUGGUCGGAGAUAUUGGAUUUUUCUGAUAAUAGAACAAUCAUUUUCUUUUGCGUUAAACUUCAUUUAUUCAAACAGAAAUCAACAAAAAAUGAUAGGUUACAUCAAAAUUUACAAUGUGGUGCAAUAUUUAAGGAUUCCAUAUCAUUUGCUAAUGCGUAGACUUCUUCCGCUUCUAAAGCUUUCUCGCGUACCAUGGGUCCAGAUAUUGGUAUGUCUUUGUCUUUAUGUUGACGACACUAUUGGAAGCGUCGUCUACACUUUUAUUUUUAGGAUUUUCGUCAAGCUUUUCCUACUAGCAUCCGAGGAAUCUACAUGCUGCAUAUAAUUUUCAAUAUAAUGUUUUUGUUUUUUUAAUAUCUGUAAUUGUAGAUUUCCCGACACCAUGUAUUCUUCCCAAUUUUGUUGCACUUUCAUUAUUUUCGAGAUCUUGAAUUAUUUUGUACUUGGCUCAUAGAUGCAAGAUCGUGUGCAGGACAGCAUCAAGAGUAUCAAAACGUAGUAUCAAUACUCCUACCUCCUUGAUGCUCUCGUACACAUACAAGCGAAAACAGCGUCCGUGUGCUGUUCUCGCUUGUAUGCGUAUGAGAGCUUCGAGGAGGUAGAGGUCGAGAUACCCUGCUUCGAUACUCUCGAUGCCGUCCUGCACGAUCUUGCAUCUAUGACUUAGCUUCAAUCGUUAAAACUACACGUUUUCGUUUGCUUGCCAUUGUGCGUACUCUGUCGGCUUCAGAUUAAAUGAUUGUGAUUACGAUCCAAUUGGUAGAACACACGAAAGUAUAUAUAUGUAUAUAUGUAUAUUGAAUAUAAACAUCGCUACGAAACGUUGUUCGGAUAACAGAAUAUUCGGAUAUGGGAGUCUACUGUACAUUUUUACUUUGCUACAUAUUGUGACAAUAAAAAUUGUUACAAUGAUCAUUAAAUGCGAGCAUUUUUUAAUUAGUUUUGAAAAUUAUGUAAUGUGAGAAAACAUUUUUCUAUUAAAUACAAAACUUUUGUAAAGAGUUUAUUUAAUUUGUUUUCAUCACCAUCACAUUCAUGCUAUCGUUUUAUGUCCAACGUUUUUAAUGAAAUUAUUUUUAACGAAGACAUUAAAAGAAGAUUACUGGAUAGAGAUUGUCAUUUCUUUUUUAAUUCGUGGAAUAAUUAUUGCAAACAUUAGAUUGUUUGGCUUUUUUUAAAGAAAAUAAGUAAUAAGUUUAUUAUCCAGAAAUCUUUCAAUCAUAAUUAAUAAAGUUUG